AUGCAUAAAACGAAACAGUCGAGAGGAAACGGAUCGAUCCAAACAUCUGUUUGGAUCGACUGCGAUCGCCGCAAAAAAAAGAUUGGGCUUGUUAAGUUAUGUUAUUGGGAUGUGGAUUUGGAUCGAUCUUUGUAUAGGCGCACUCUCCCCGCAUUGGCGCGCGUCAGACAAACCCGAGUGCCGAACGCGUACGACAAAACUGCCCUCAAAUUAGAAGAGGGAGACAUUGUUAAGGUGACCAAAAUGAACAUCAACGGCCAAUGGGAGGGCGAAUUAAAUGGCAAAAUCGGCCAUUUUCCCUUCACAUACGUCGAGUUUCUGGACGACAAUACGAGCAGUUAA